AUGAUCCCGUACCACGCCAACAACGACACGAUGACCGCGGCCAUCGCCUCCCACAUGUUCUCGCAGGGCGACGAGCGGGCGCAGGUGGCCGUACUCGACGCGUACGUCGGCAAGAGGGGGAGCAUGAAGGUCGAGCAGGCGGGCAAGAGGUCGAAGCAGAGCGCCGAGCUCAAGUCGGGCCAGUUGCUGAAGCUGAAGGCGGGCACCUACAACUUCGUCCUGAUGGACGAUAAUGGCAAGACCAUGAAGACCGUCAUGCUGGAGGCCCAGCCCUACGCCUCGUACGUGGUGAUGCACGUCGGCAGCGAGCCGGACGGCACCCCGGUGGUGUCGACUUGGGAGCACGAGCAGCUGCUGGUGUCCUCGUCCAUCGGGGGCGUCGGGUCAUCGUCCAACCUCGAGGUCGCCUUCAGCGCCUCUCUCCGUGCUGGACUCGGCCUCUUCGCUGCCGCGGCCGCCUUUGCGGCAGCGAUGGCGUGA